AUGGAAUUAGAAGAAUGCUUGCAACAUCAUUCACAUAUCACCCAACCAUCAAUCGCUCUACCAGGGACAACUACGCCAAUUGGAAUUUCAGCUGUCACGAAUAGAGAGAAGAUAAGCAGAGCUGAGAUGCAGGAGAAAAUAUUGAGAGAUGAAGUGGAUGAAAAGGCAGAAGAUGUAGACUUUCCGAAUAUUGAGCAGGUGUCCAACAAAAAACCUAGAACUGGCAAUGACUCAAAGCAUUCAGUAGCACCAAGCCCCUCAUGUCAAAAAAACCUGCAAAAGCUGAUUCACUUUGAAGGAAGGGACCAUCUAUCAGGAAGCUCGAGGAUCUAUUACAGAUCAGUAAUGGUUACACUCAGAUGGCAAUUUCAAUUGGCUAUGUGGCUCACACCUGGCCUUUCUGAAACCAUUAUAUCAGUGAUGGAAGCAUUCAAAGAAUCAUCUAAAGCAAGGCAAGCAAUGAGUCAAACACAGUCUUAUGACUCACAGAAGAUCAUUCUGGCAAUUGAGAAAAUAAGGACCAAUUUAGUCAUGGGAUUUCUGGGAGCUUUGCGGCUCAUUCAUUCUGGGAAUCGGGAUCUACUAGCACGGAAAGUGUUGAUAGAAGAUGGGUGGAUUUUCUUACAGCACUUUCUGAAUGACCAACUUUUGAAAUUGCAAGAAGAGGUUAUCUUUUUGACCCCCAAAACCAGGGGAAGAAUCCAUAUCAAACACAACGACACUUUUGAUAUACUUUCACAUACAAUACAACUACCAGAAAGGUCACCAGUUGCAAUAGAGAUAAUUAUUGAGCUUAUCAAUACAUGGUACCAAGUUACUGAACAUCAGGCAUCCUUGUCUCAAAUCAAUUUGAGCUAUGAUUCAUUCCUUCAGAAAUGUGAAGAAGCCUAUCAACAACAGGGAGAAGGUAAAUCACUCUGGAGACCAUGGAUCAGAGCCACUUCCAAUGGAUCCACACAUCAGGGAUACAGUCUUGAACAAGGGGUGAACAAUGAAAUUACAGGAUAUGAUGAGAUUGACUCAGCAAAAACAUUUCCUCGCAGAAUUGAGCAGAUAGGAAAUCUGAUAAUUGAGCAAAAAUACACAGAAUUUGCAGAAAAAAUAAAUGUUUUCUUCAAAUCAAUUUCCAAAGAGAUACAUAAACUUUAUGCACACCAAAGUCUUGAAGAACAAAAAUCCAAGGAGAUCCCUAGCCACAACAUUGUUUUAAGCAAUGAAAUGAUAGACAAGGCAGUUCUUUCAGCUCAAAAAGACAUCACACCAUCAUUUUUUGGAAUAAUCUUCCUCAUGCAAAAAACCAUAAUAGAUGAUAAACUUUCAAAAAUGAUCUUUGAAAAUGGAUGGGAACACCUCAAAACAUACUUUAAUCAAUGGUUGAUUUUUUUCAUAGACAACAAAAAUAAAGCUAUCUGGACAACCAAGGAGAGUAAAAGCAAAGGGUCUGAGUGGGCAAGUACAAAGAAGACAAUAGCUCAUCUGAGCAAGCUUGUUAGUGGAAGAUGCAGGUCUACACAUCUUAUCUGGUAUCUGGUGGAAGUAUGGUAUGAGGCAAUUAUCAGCACAGUAGAAAGUGAAAAGCAUCAACUUUCAACCCAUAUUUUACCCCCUGACCAUCAGCUUAUCAAAAAGAGGUGUCACAUCAGGUUUCAACUUGCAAGAAUGACUUGA